AUGGCUUUAUCGCUGGAAGACUUUGUCCACUCCCUUGACCUAAGGACGCUUCCAAGGGUCGUAGAGAUCCAGUCAGGCAUCUACUUUGAAGGGUCUAUUUAUGAAAUGUUUGGCAAUGAAUGCUGUUUGUCAACAGGAGAAGUGAUUAAAAUCACAGGUCUUAAAAUUAAGAAGAUCAUGGCCGAAAUUUGUGAGAGUAAUAUCAAAGGUUCUGAGUCUCUGAAGCCUUUUGAACUGCCCAUGAAUUUUCCAGGUCUGUUUAAGGUCAUGCCUGAUAAAACUCCGUACCUUACAAUGGAAGAAAUCACGAGAACCAUCCAUAUCAGACCUGGUAGACUAGGACAACCUUGCUUUUAUCACCUGAAGGAUAUAAAACUAGAGAAUCUCACCAUUAAGCAGGGUGAGCCAAUCCAGCUCAACUCAGUUGAAGAGAUCGAUGGAGAAAUGCUGGUGAACUGUGGAGUGGUAAGGCAUCACCAGAGCCAUUCGUUUACUCUGCCUUUGUCACAGGAAGGAGAAUUUUAUGAGUGUGUGGAUGAACAUAUUUAUACCCUAAAAGAAAUCGUUGAGUGGAAGAUUCCCAAGAACAGAACAAGGACUGUGAAGCUUACGGAUUUCUCAAAUAAGUGGGACUCAACCAAUCCACUCCCUGAAGACUUUUAUGGUACUCUGAUUCUCAAGCCUGUUUAUGAAAUUCAAGGUGUGCUGAAAUUUCAAAAGGACAUAGUCCGGAUUCUUCCCACGUUAGACGUUGAAGUCAAAGAUAUCACUGACUCUUAUGAUGCCAGCUGGUUUCUUCAGUUGCUGUCUACUGAAGAUCUUUUUGAAAUGACCAGCAAAGAGUUUCCUAUAGUGGUGGAAGUCAUCGAAGUCUCACAAGGGAACCAACUGCCCAGAAGUAUUUUACAGCCUGGGAAAACCAUUGUCAUCCACAAAAAGUACCAGGCUUCGAGGAUCUUAGCUUCAGAAAUUCGAAGCAAUUUCCCUAAAAGACACUUCUUAAUCCCUAGAAGCUACAAAGGCAAGUUCAAAAGGAGACCCCGGGAGUUCCCAACGGCCUAUGACCUGCAGAUAUCUGAGAGUAAGAAGGAAACUCUCCAUGUAGUAGCCACCAAAACCUUCCAUACACUUCACAAGGAACUGUCCUCUGUGUCUGCUGGGGACCAGUUUCUAGUGUAUCAUUCAGAGACCACAGAAGUUGUAUUUGAGGGAACAAGAGAAGUGAACGUUCUCACCUGUGAAAAAAUCCUCAGUAAGUCCAAAGAAGUGGCACGGCUUCCUCUGUACAUGGAAGGAGGUUUUGUGGAGGUGAUUCAUGAUAAGAAACAGUACCAGAUUUCUGAGCUCUGUACACAGUUCAGCUGGCCCUUCAAUGUGAAGGUGUCUGUGAGAGAUCUCUUCAUUGAGGAUGACAUUUUGGCAGCUACCCCAGGACUGCAGUUGGAGGAGGAUAUCACAGACUCUUACCUAGUUAUCAGUGAUUUUGCCAACCCUGGAGAAUGUUGGGAAAUUCCUAUGGGCCGCUUGAAUAUAACUGUUCAGUUAGUUAGUGGUAGUAGUUUGUCUAUCGAUUCGGGGCCAUUUCAAGUUAGGAGUCUGGUAGAAGAGAUCACAGAAGAACAGUAUUACAUGAUGAGGAGGUAUGAAAGCUCCGUUGCACGUCCCCCGCCUCGCCCUCCCAAGCAUCCCUCAGCAGAGGAAAUGAAGUUAACCUUGCUCAGCUUAGCAGAAGAAAGAGCAAUAGAUCUGCCCAAGUCUCCCAAGAUUCACCAUGUAGACAGAUCCAAGAAACCUGACCCAGAUCAAGGUGGCCUGGAUUCAAGAGUACCAGCCGGUUUUCUGAAUGAGUUGGCUGCUGUAGAGAGACAGCAGAGCAAGCAUGGGCCUCUGCAGUAG